AUGGAAAACGAAGAAGAACGACGUCUAUUAGUUACGCGCCGAGGCACGAAGAAAGCUACUUUAACAAGAUUAAAGAACAAAAUGGAAGCAUCUUAUAUCAAUGAUAAAGAGAUGUUAAAACUGAUGAUUGAGAGGGCCCAGGCGGCGUUCAAUGAUUAUGAAGAUCUCUGCGUGCAGAUAGGAGAUGAGGAAGAUCCCAUUUCUAUUGAAACCACAUACUAUGAAUGUGUUGCAGCGAUCCGUCGACGAAUUGCAGAUUUAUCUGAACCUGGACCCACCCCUGCCGUUUUGCCGGCAGCGACGCCUCAAGUUUCGUCAAAAAUAAAGUUACCAAAUAUACAGAUACCAUCGUUCAAUGAAGGUCGGGCCCUUGCCCUAGAGAACAGUGAGGGACGGGGUGAUCCAGCAAGCUGUGCUGCUGGCAAGGUAGCUCCAGUCAAGGUGACAUCAUCAUCAUUUGUCGCUACCAAAGCAUCCCAAGGCUGUCUGUACUGUGGUAAGGAACACAAAUUAUAUGCAUGCCCUAAAUUUGCUCUAGCUUCCAUAUCGGAACGACUAGAUUUUGUUAAGGAAACAAAGCUUUGCAAGAUUUGUCUUAACAUUCACCCAGGAAAGUGCAAGUUUCAUUUUAAAUGUAAGGAGUGCAAAGAAUCCCACAACUCGAUACUUCAUGUAAAUGAAGAAAAGCCCGCGUCGGUGUCUUUGACUAACAUUAAUAAUCAGACGCUGGUAUUGUUGCCAACGGUAAAAGUCAAGGUAGUUUCUAAAAGUGGCAAGGAGAUCAUAGUUAAAGCAAUGCUUGACUGUGCAUCUCAGAAUUCCUUUAUUACAGCAAAGCUGGCAAAGGAACUAGGUUACCCACUCUUGCCAGAUUCUACUACAAUAACUGGUGUAACUCUAGAAAAUAAAUCUGUCCAACAUAGUUUGCGACUGGAUAUUUUCUCAUGUGUUUAUCCAUAUAAAACACAAGCAAAUCUGUUAGUGAUAGACAAAUUUACUAAUGAAAUGUUGCCACAAACUGAAAUUGAUAUUUCAAAAAUUGAGAUCCCUGACAACAUAACGUUAGCCGAUGACUCCUUCCAUAUUCCAAGUGAGAUAGAUAUUUUAUUGGCUGCAAAUAUCUUUUUUCAGUGCCUGUUGUCGCAGCCUGAGGAGCUGCGCGAUCCUGAUGCCGCACCCAGCUUGGUUCACACACAGUUUGGUUACAUAGUAGGAGGGGAUGUCCCAUCUUCUAUUCUUAAACGACCUGCUGUUUCUCUUUUCUGUCACGAAUGUCAAACCGAUGUACGCGAUACUAUGUCUAAUUUUUGGCAAACAGAAAAGGUACCUGAAAUAUAUGCGGAACAUACAUCUGAGCAACAACAGUGCGAAAAAUUGUUCACUGAAACUGUUAAACUUGAGGAUAAUCAAUUCACAGUUUCAUUGCCAUUAAAAAUACCUAUCUAUGAUGUGAACAAUACAUUGGGGGAUUCAUUUGGGCUAGCUCUCAAGAGAUUUUAUAAUCUCGAGAAGAGAUUUCAGAAGGAUCAGAAUUUGUAUGAAGGUUACAAGGAUUUCAUACAUGAAUAUCUCGACUUAGGUCAUGGAUCAUAUGUUGACAUUUCCUCAUAUGAACUUACUAAAGAUCCUGUGUACUUUAUGGGACAUUCAGCUGUUUUAAGGCCGGAUGCAGUAAGUACCAAGCUACGGGUAGUCUUUGAUGGAUCUAUGUUAACGAGUAAUAAGAUUUCAUUGAAUAAUAUUUUAAUGAAUGGGCCAACUGUUCAACAGGAGCUGUUUGACAUACUGUUGUCAUUUAGAGUGCACAAAUAUUUCAUUGCUUGUGAUAUCAGGCGUAUGUUCCGAAAUAUUUUAGUACAGAAAGAUCAGCGAUCUUUGCAAAAUAUUCUCUGGCGAGACACUCCUAAUGAGUCAAUAAAAUGUAUUCAGCUAAACACAGUUUGCUAUGGAAUGAAGUCAUCAAGUAAUCUUUCGACAAGAUGCUUGAACGAGCUGGCUACGAAAUUCGAGAGGCAAUAUCCUCUAGCCAGUUCGGCAAUUUUAAACUCUACAUAUGUAGAUGACAUCAUUCACACAGAGAAUAGUUUGGCAAAGAUUGUUGACACGCAAACUCAAUUGAUAGAAUUACUUGCUAAAGGUAGUUUUAAACUACAUAAAUGGGCAGCUAAUGACCCUUCAAUAUUGGCAAAUAUUCCAGUAGAGCAGCAGGUUGUUGGAGAACUGGAACUGAAUAAGGACAUCAAAACUUUGGGUUUAAAGUUAGAUAUUGACUCGGAUUCUUUUAAACUUUCAUGUCCAGUGUCAAAAAAUGUCCCUAAGACAAAAAGACAGAUUUUAAGUUACAUAAGCCAGUUCUACGACCCUUUAGGUCUAGCUGGACCCGUCUUUGUCCAAGCCAAAAUCAUCAUGCAAAAAUUGGCUCAAUCUUGUACCGACUGGGACUCGGUGCCCACGCCUAUUUUACUAAAAGAAUGGCUUGAAUUUUACAAUGAUUUGCAGACAAUGAAAGAAAUUAAAAUAAAACGAAAUGUUACUGUUGAUGACAUUCAGUCUGCUCAGCUAGUAGCAUUUGGUGAUGCGUCAAUUUCUGCAUAUGGAGCCGCAAUUUAUUUAAGAGUCACUGACAAGCAUGGCAAAGUAACUAUGUCGCUUCUUUGUUCUAAGAGUCGCAUUGCAUCUAAAGACAAGAAAUUUACUGUGCCACGAUUAGAAUUAAAUGCAUCUCUUUUGAUGGCAAAAUUAUGCUUGAGAGCAUACAAUACAUUAAGUAAAAAGCUAUCUAUUAAAAGCGUGCAUCUUUUCAGUGAUUCUCAGGUUGUUUUGGCAUGGCAAAAAACGGAUCCAACAAAACUAAAUGCUUAUGUGGCUAAUAGAGUCAAAUUAAUUAACGAAUAUACAAAGGGUUUUCAAUGGUUGUAUAUAAAAACAGACCUCAAUCCUUCUGACUGUUUGAGUCGAGGUGUAAAACCUAGCGAGCUACAAGGUAACCAACUGUGGUGGUGCGGACCGACAAGCAUGUCUGAUCCAGAGUAUAAGUUUACCGAUGUUAGUAAUGAUAAUGUACCUGACAACUUACCGGAGAUCAAGCAUGCUGAUAGUUCCAAGCCGGUGUGUAUGGCAUCAUAUCAAUCGGUUUCUCUUGCAAAUGAUUUGUUAGAUAAGUUUUCUAACAUUAACAAGGCAGUUAACGUGCUUGCCUACAUACAAAGAUUCUGUAAAAAUGUACACCCGGGUUCACAAAAGAUAAAGCUUAAUUUUAUUACUUUUAGCGAGGCAACCCAGGCAUUGCAUAUGUUUAUAAAGAAUGAACAGGAAAGGUUCUUUGACAAAGAGCUGGCCUCUUUGCGAGAAGGUAGGCAGGUUUCGUCGUAUUUACUAUCUGUCAACCCCUUCAUUGAUGCUAACGGUAUUCUCAGAGUAGGUGGACGUUUGCAACACUCCUCCUUGCCUUAUAGCCAUAAGCAUCAGAUAAUCUUACCAAAAGAAUCUAAGGUAACUUACCUUAUUAUUGAAAAUGAACAUUUGAAACUUUUACAUGCCGGUCAGAAAGAAGUACUUAGCAAUUUAAGUCAACGCUAUUAUAUAGUUAACGGUUUGAAAUUGGUAAAAAGUUUGUGA